CCCCCCCCCCUCUUUUUUGACACUUUGUGGUUCUCGAAGACGGUACAACCGAUCAAGCUGAAAUUUUUACCACAGAUAGAGCAUCAAAAAUAACGAGAUACGUGUUCGAGGAAAAAAAAUUUAAACUAAGUUUUCGAGGGGUUUUCUGGAAAACUCUGGUUUUCCAGAGGUCCGCAUCCUGAUACAUUACGACCCCCCUUAAAUUUUGCCCGAUUGGGCUGAAAUUUUGUUUAUAGACGCCCAACACUAUUCCACAGAGGUAAAAUUAAGGAUUUCCAAAAAUCUCACUUUCUUUCUUUUUUAUAAGAGAAAUAGAGCAAGGUUUGAAUUUGUGCUUCGGGUCUUGGCUUUUGCGAGCCUGUAACUUGGAGUAGGAACAUCAAAAAUGAAAACGCUCGAUUUUACCUCUGGAGAAUACUCUCAAGUGUUAGUGGUAAAAAUUUCAGCUCGAUCAGACAAACUAAAAAGGGGGUCGUAAUGUAUCAAGAUGUAGAAAAUCGCUGUUUUCCAAAACGCUAAGUAAAUGAAAAAAAUUUACAUACGAUUACUAUGAAAAAAAAUUUUUUCUCGAUCUAAUAAAUAGGUAAAAGUAAAAUGUUUCGAGUCGAAUAAUGUCUCCAGUUGUAGGUGGCACCUCAGGCUAUCAUACCUUGGGCUCAGCUCAAAAUCGAAUUUUGGGUCAAAAAAGAGGGGGGGGGGGUACCCUUAAGUGAACAACAAAUAUAUGAAUUGGCAACAAUAAAAUUGAGUGGUCCUGCUCAAGAAUGGUUUUAUCAUCAAGAUGAAAUUGAUAAUUGGUCUUCUUUCAAAGAAGCUUUCUUAUACGCUUUUCCACCACCAAUUCAACCAACCAACAUUGACUAUUUAGCUCAAUUGCUAGCACGCAAACAAGGUGAAACAGAACCAGUUGGCAAAUUCGUACAAGACAUCAAUCGUCUAUGCCUUAAAUUGGAUAACAAGAUCAGUGAACAAGAUAAACUUCAAUAUCUUCGAAGAGGUCUUCGUCCACAACUUAAGCAUUAUGCAUUAUCGAUUAGCUCAUUACAAGAUUUUCUUACAGUAAUGCAACGACACGAACAAAUAGAAAAGGAAACAACAUCAAAUCAACAAUCAUCAUCAAGAUCAAGUCAACAACUACAAUUAUUAAAUCGUCCAGAUCGCAAUAAUUACAAUCAUCAACAAAAUAAUCAUUCAACAUAUUAUGAAUCAUCUGAUUAUUAUUAUAGAAAUUCACAUGCUCAGACAUCUGCACAACAACAAGCAAAUAAUUACCCUAUAUGUUAUCAAUGUGAAGAUUGGAUCAAGUAUUAUCGGACAACAAUAAAUCGUUUUAAAGAUAGACUUGAAAUUUUAGGAAAUAAAGCUGCAGUAUCUCUUCAACCAUCAUCUAUUAUACCAAAUGAUAAAAAUUAUCGUGUAAAUUAUGAUAAUCGAUAUUAUAAAAAUUAUCGUGUUCAUCACGGUAAUCGAUAUUAUAAAAGUUAUAAAUCUAUACCAAAUCAAUAUGUACCCAAAAUACCACGAGUCUAUGGGCUUUUUUAUUUCAAACUGAAUUCUAAAAUCAAAAAAACCGCACCAACUUCUUCCGAAUCAAACUUUUCUCGUUUGAUACUACGUAGUCCCACUAAAAACCCUUAGUCCCCCCUAGUCCUGCAAAGUCCCCCUUAGUCCCCCCCACAAAAAGCUUAGUCCCCGCUUAGUCCCUUGUGCAGGGGACUAAAGCCUAUAGUACACAAAGCCACAAGCACACCCUCACCCUCACUCGCGCGCCCACACCCGCACCAUGGGUGUGGGUGUGUGUGUGGGUCCCAGACCAACACCCACACCCUCAGUCAC